AUCACGAAAAGUGAAAAAGCGAUUUGUGUCCCACUCGAUUUGUACACAAAGCAGUGAUUGAAGCUGUAGAAACUCAUUUUUAGCCACGAGAACACCGGUCAAGGCGAUUGAUAGGUAAAUAGAGAUACCCAUUCUACAUCAUCAGAAUCAAGAAUUCACACCACCUCCCCUUCCCCCCUGUAAACAAAACUCACCCAAGCUUCAAGGGCAUCCAGACAUUUGAUCAUGUGACAAUACUGUUGAACUAACCUGGGGGAUUGUGGGUAAUUCAUAUUGUUCUACAGACUGGCCUGGAAGUGUUGCAGCCCUCAAAAUGCUGAUGCGCCCCUUUAAGGAGAGCAGGAUAGCGUGAACGAACAAGGAGGGGAUGAAGAUAACGAGAAAGAAGAUGGCCGUUAUUCGUCUCCACCGUAAGGUCGUCUAUGCGGCCAUUCUUCUCUUGCUCGUCCCGUGCCUGGUGCUCCUCUACUACAGCACUUCAGAACACGGCGAAGCAUCAAGAGAGAGCAAGAACCUGCUUGGGUUCAACAGUCGAGAAGCCAUCUUAGCAGACAGGGUCAAAGAGAUGGAGCAUGAGAACCAGAUGCUACGCAGGCAGCUCAGUAUUUCCCAGAGUCAACUGCAGCAGACGUAUGAGACGUACCAGCAGGUCUUGGUCGAGAAUAACAAUGUUUCAGGCGACUCUGGCCCUCUAGAGAUGAACCGAUCUCUGCCGGUCAAUUGCGUCAAUGCAGAUCCAAUCCCAAAGUGUGAGAGGAUUCACGUAUCGAUAGUUUGUGCUGGUCAUAAUGCUAGUCGUGAUGUCAUCAUCCUCAUCAAAUCUAUCCUCUUCUACCGGAAGAACCCUCUUCAUUUUCACUUCAUCUCCGAUGAGAUGGGCCAGCAGAUCCUCUCCACUCUCUUCAAGACGUGGGAUGUACCUGGAGUCAAAGUGAGCUUCUACCUCGCAGAAAAUUAUAAGAGUCACGUAGAGUGGAUCCCUAACAAGCACUACUCAGGGCUGUAUGGGUUAAUGAAGUUGCUUCUUAUUGAAAUAUUACCAUCAAACAUGGAAAAGACGAUAGUCCUAGACACAGACAUCACCUUUGCCAGUGACAUCGCUGAGCUCUGGGGUCUGUUCCAGAGAAUGACUAGUAAGCAGACUCUGGCCCUGGUAGAGAACCAGAGUGAUUGGUACCUUGGGACUCUCUGGAAGAAACACAAGCCCUGGCCUGCAUUGGGUCGAGGGUUCAACACGGGGGUCAUCUUGCUUGACCUUCAGAAGCUGCGUGACCUCAAGUGGAUGCAGAUGUGGCUGUUGACGGCCGAGAAGGAAUUAAUGAGUCAGUUCUCAACAGCACUAGCAGAUCAGGACAUUAUCAAUGCAGUGAUCAAGCAGCAUCCUUACCUGGUCUAUACCCUUCCCUGUGCUUGGAAUGUGCAGCUCAGUGAUAACACCAGGAGUGAGCUGUGCUAUAAAGAGGUCACCGACCUGAAGGCGAUCCAUUGGAACUCGCCCAAGAAGCUGAGGGUCAAGAACAAGCACGUGGAGUUCUUCCGCAACCUCUACCUGACCUUCCUCGAGUACGACGGCAACCUCCUCCGCAGAGAGCUCUUCGGCUGCACAGACGGCAAAGCUAAUAAUACUCUUCAUGAAAAGUUAAGCAGUCUUGAUGAAGACGACCAGUGUUAUGAAUUUAGAAGAGAGCAGCUUUUAAUGCACAGAACACACCUCUACUAUCUAGACUACCAGCUACCUAAAUUCUUGGACACUGAUGUGACGCUCGUUGCCCAGCUCUCUAUGGACAGACUGCAGAUGCUGGAAGCCAUAUGUAAACACUGGGAAGGUCCCAUAAGUUUAGCUCUGUACAUGUCAGAUGCAGAGGCCCAGCAGUUUAUCCGCUACGCCCUCAGCUCAGAAACCCUGAUGGCAAGAAAAAACAUAGGAUAUCAUGUUGUUUAUAAAGAUGGGCAAUUUUACCCAGUGAAUUACCUGCGUAAUACAGCCAUGAGUCAAGUGAAGACGCCAUACAUGUUCCUCAGUGAUAUAGACUUUCUACCCAUGUAUGGACUAUAUGACUAUCUUAGGAAAGCAAUUGGGAUGCUGGACAUGGCCACAUCCAACAAGGCUUUAAUCGUUCCUGCGUUUGAGACAUUACGCUACCGCCUCAACUUCCCCAAGUCCAAGGCGGACCUGCUUCACAUGCUAGACAUGGGGACUCUCUUCACCUUCCGAUACCACGUCUGGCAGAAGGGCCACGCCCCAACAAACUUCGCCCGCUGGAGGACCGCAACGACCCCCUAUCAGGUCCAAUGGGAGCCAGACUUUGAACCCUAUGUGGUCGUGAAGAAGGACUGUCCCAAAUAUGAUCCUCGGUUCCUGGGCUUUGGUUGGAACAAAGUCUCGCAUGUAAUGACACUGGAUGCCCAAAGCUAUGAUUUUAUUGUGCUUCCCAACGCUUUCAUCAUCCACAUGCCACAUACACCCAGCUUCGACAUUGCCAAAUUCAGGAGCAGUCAACAGUACCGAACGUGCCUGCAAACUUUAAAGGAGGAGUUCCAGAGAGAUAUGUCGAAAACAUACGGCUUUGCCGCUUUGAAAUACGUUGCAGUGGAAACAUGACAGCGUACACUGUGACGACCCUUGUUACACCCCCUUUUCAAUGAAUGGUAUGAACCAGAAACGUUGAAUAUAUUAUGGAAGACUUGAUAGACUACCUUGAGUACUAUGAGGCUUAAGGAAACAAGUGGAGCUCAUGGCACGAUGACCUACGUUUGCCAAGAAUGGAAGCAUUUGUCCUUGAACCAAGCUGCUAUUCUGAUGAUGAAUUCAGGGACCCAUUUCACAAAGCCUUUUUUCAAUGACAAAUGACAAAAAUCAGUGACAAAUCUGCUGAUAACCAAUCAGAAGCAAGGAUUUCAGUAGCUUAUAACAAAAAAUGUCAUUUUUCACUGAUGACAAGUUUUGUGAAACGCCCCCCUGGUGGCUACAGCUCCUGAGAAUGAAGGCAAAGGAGACUGACAAUGUUGGUCUCACAGGCCUUCUGGAAAGUCAUCAGAGAGUUCACAAAGUCGAUGACCUAUGAGACAAAGAACCCUUGAGCCCUAGCCUACGGGGGGACAAGGUUGGUGCCGUUGGCCUUCAGGAGACCUACAGGAAGCCUUUGAGAUUCACAACCCACUAGAAUGACGGGAUCAAUCUCACAGCCGUCCGAAAGUUUUGGAAAGGUUGACAAGACUGGCCCAUGAGACGAAGAGUCCUUGAGCCCUAGCCUAUGGAUGGACAAGGUUUGUGCCAUGGGCCUUCUUAAAAGUCAUUAGAAUGUCCAGGAGACCUACAAGAAGCCUUUGAGAUGAACAACCCACUAGAAUGACAGUGUCAAUCUCACAGCCCUCCAAAAAUUUUCGGAAGGUUUACAAAACUGAUGGCUCACUAGACCAACAGCCAAUGAGACUGAUUUGUCAGUCUAGGAUGUCUUCUGAAAUCAUUUCUGAGGGUUUACUUGACCGAUAUUGCAGGCCUUGUGGGCUGUCGGUCUAUAGGGAUGUCCAGGGGAGUGUUUCACAAAGACUAAGAUCGACUCUAAGUUGGACUUAACUUUGGCAGGCCGUUCAUGCCAAAUGUUUUCUCUCACCAUUUACUG